AAAAUUUUUUUUCACAUAAACAAUUUUAUAAUAAUCGUACAGGAUAUUAUUAUUAUAUUAUAUUAUCAUCCUUUGCCACAGAAAAAAAAUUUUCUCUCUCACUUUUCAAAUUAAAUACAUCAAUACAUCAAAUCAAAAUGUCUGCCGCAGUCGCAAGGUCAACAUUUAUGAGAAAUUGGUACCGAAUUGAAGUCCUCCCAAUCUACGCUGUAACCGGUGUAGCCGUUGUUGGUGCCGGCUGGUAUCUUACCCGCCUUGCUCGGGGACCCGAAGUCGUUUGGGAUAAAAAAAAUAAUCCAACGCCAUGGAAUAAUAUCCAAGACGGCACACAAGUAAAACUUAUGACCGUCAAUCACAAAUGCGAAAGAAAAUAUAGACGUGACAGGUUUUAAUUCUGUUGAAACUUAGGAAGAAAACCAAAAAAUGGUCCUAGUCAUAUUACUUACAAACAUUUAUAUUAAAACACCGUUAAAUAAUCACUUUGCAUACAUAUACACAAUUUUACCUACAUCAAAUUUAUUAUUAUACAGAUGUAAUAUUGCACGUGAUCAUUAAUAAAAGUUUAGAUUUUAUACAUAUAAAAACAAUCGAUACCUUUUGUACUUUAUACUUUUUUUAAAAGACAAAUAAUAAAAAUAAUUGAUUUAUU